CCCUGUCAUCAUGUUAUCCCAGGGGCUGCAGCAGCCUUAGUUCAGCACUGAGGCCACACCUGGUGGGUCGGACCUGGUAGCCAGCGGACACCUGGAAUGCUGCCCAGCAUCUCCAUGCCUGGCUCUAGUGGAGCUCAGACUGGCUUUGUGAGUGGGUUGUCAUCUUUUCUCAGCGUGCAUCCAUGGGACGUUCAGGAGGUUGGAAGGAGAGCCAGCUAUUCACCUGGCUCCCUUAACUGCUCAUGUGGAGGGACACCAGUCUUACUGAUGGCGUGGUAUGAGCUUCCAGUCUUCCUGUGGGCAGAGAGGCACCCAGCUUAGAGGAAAGUGAGGCCAUAGCCUGCUGUGUUCCCAUGCAUUUCUUCUGGAAGCACUUUAACAUCCAUUAACCUUGGAGGGAGGGUCACCACCUUGGAUAACUCAUCAGGAAGCUGGGACCCAGAGAGGGUAAUGGAUAUCCAGUCACACGGGCACGAGGCCUGAGCUGGCGCAGGGGCUGGGCUCCCUCCAUCCAGCAUAAGCACCUCAUAGCCAGCCCCUGGGCCUAGUCAGCCACCCAGGUGGGGCACAGAGAGUGCUCAGAGUGUACCUGUUCUGUGGAGACUCCCAGAAGGCGGUCUCGGGUGGGCACCCUCACCCACCCGUGUGGCAGAGAUGAUUACAUUGUGGGGCUUGGACAUGUGCCCCAGGGGAGUUUGUGCCCUGGUUUGUGGACACUCGCAGGAGGGGUCUAAUCCAGGAUGGGGCCUCAGGCCUCUGUGUUGAGUACCAGAAGAUCCUCAGAGCUGGUUGGAAAAGCUGCUGUGAUGGGGAGUGAGCAGAGUGCCAACUUUGGGAGUGUGUAAGGCUGGGGGUCUGGAGAGCCAUAGAGGCGGGGGCCUGAGAGGCACUGAAGGACCGGUUCAUGCAGGAGCCCCAUGCUGGGGCCAUGGGCAGUUUGUCCACCCCGGGCCCCUCCAUGUGCCCACGGAGCACGGGUGGCAUGUCCUCCAGCCUGAGGUCCCUCCUCCUGGGAUCUCUGUCUGCCACCUCUCUGGGUGAGAGGGCUUAGGCUCCAGUCCAGCUGUGCCCCAAGCUGUCAUGGGCCUAAGCAGGUGGUCAGCCUCUAGAUCUGAAGCACCUGGCCUCUCAGGUGGAGCCAAGAGCAUGGACCACAGCCCAUAGCUGGGAGCCUCAGAGGAGGAGAGGGUGUCUUGGUGUCCAGCACCCAGGGCAGAGAUGUCAGGCUGGUGUCCGAGCAGUUCUCGCAGUCACCGCAGAAGCUGUCUUUCUACAGCUGGUAUGGCAGCACCAGGCUCUUCCAAUUCCGCGUGCCCCCAGACACCGUGCUGCUGCGCUGCCUGUUCCACGUGUCACGGGGAGGCAGUCCCACGUGUGCCAACGUGGAGAUCACCGUGUACUUCCGCUAUGGCGCCCCGCCGGUCAUCAACCCCCUGGGCACCAGCUUCCCUGACAAUACCUCUGUGCAGCCCUCCUUCCUCGUCAAGAUGCUAGAGAGCAACGCCUCUGUUAACAUCUCCCACCCUGCACCUGGGGACUGGUUUGUGGCUGCCCACCUACCCCCUUCAUCCCAGAAGAUUGAGGUGAAGGGCUUUGCUCCCACCUGUGCCUACAUCUUCCAGCCGGACAUGCUGGUCGUGAGGGUGGUUGAGGUCUCCAUUCUGGAGCCAGACAUGCCCCUUCUGCAGACCCUCCUCUCCCGCCCCAGCUACCUCAAAAUCUUCAUCCCUGAGUACACCCAGGAGUUGCGUCUGGACCUAAAGGGCUGUGUGUCCAACGGGAGCCUGGGCUGCCCCGUGCACCUCACCAUGGGCUCAGCCACCCUGCCCAGCAACUUCCAGAAGGUGCUGGCCUGCACCGGCCCCACCAGGACCUGCCACCUGCUGCUGCCCUCGCCACCCUGGGAUAGGUGGAUCCAAGUGACAGCCAAGAGCCUGGCAGGACUCCAUGUGUCUGUGGUAUUCAGCAUCGUGGCUGCCAUCACAACCUGCAGGCCGAAGACCAUAACCUCGCAGCACCUUCAGAGCAGCCUGAGCCAGAGCCGCAACGCCUCCACUGGCCUGAUGCCCAUGAGCCUUGGCCACCAGGACCUGGGCGGGAGCCAUGGGCUGGGCAGUGGCUCCUUCUGCCUCAUGAGCUACCCCGUUGUGCGGGAAGACAUGGAUGUGGUGUCUGUGCGGUUCCGGCCCCUGGACAGGGUCUCCGUGUUGGUACAGUCUGGCAUGCCCUCAGUGAUGCGGCUGUACCUCGACACAGGCAUGGACGGUGGGGGCUCCCUCACCCUCUCCCUGCAGGCCAAUGAGACCGCACUUGCCAACAACACCCUGGUAGUGGUCUGCGUGAAUGCCGCCGCCCCCUUCCUCAGCUUCACCACCUCACUCAACUGCACCACAGGCCUUCCCACCCCUGCAGCCUUCUUCCAGGGCUAUCCCCUGUCUCUGAGCACCUCAGCUCAUAAGGCCACCCUCAUCAUCCCCUACCCAGAGACAGACAACUGGUACCUCUCCCUGCAGCUCGUGUGCCCUGAGGGUCCUGAGGAGUGUGAGCAGGCUCUGGUCCCAGUAGAAACCACUUUAUACUUGGUGCCCUGCCUGAAUGACUGCGGACCUUAUGGCCAGUGCCUCCUGCUGCGCAGACACAGCUACCUGUAUGCAGGCUGCAGCUGCAAGGCAGGCUGGCGUGGGUGGAGCUGCACAGACAAUAGCACAGCCCAGACGGUAGGCCAGCAGAGGCUAGCCAUGCUCCUGCUCACCCUCAGCAACCUCAUGUUCCUGGCUCCUGUUGCCAUCUCCAUGCGCCGCUCACUCCUGGUGGAGGCCUCCGUCUAUGCCUACACCAUGUUCUUCUCCACGUUCUACCACGCCUGCGACCAGCCUGGGGAGGUGGUGCUGUGCAUCCUCAGCUAUGACACGCUGCAAUACUGUGACUUCUUGGGCUCUGGAGUAUCCAUCUGGGUCACUAUCCUCUGCAUGGCGCGGCUGAAGGCAGCCCUGAAAUACACCAGAAGAAGGGCUUGCUGCUGCUCUCAGAAGCCUCCUGUCUUUCCUGGCACCCACUGGAAGAAACUGCUUUCAGAUAUCAAGGGACUGUGCUGGCAGGUUGGAGGGACCAGGACAGGAAGGUGGUGGGCAGGGUUAGGUUCUGUUUCUUCUGGGCACGCUGGUGUUUGCCAUGUCCUUGCAGCUGGACCGCAGGGGCGCCUGGAACAUGAUGGGGCCUUGUUUGUUUGCCUUUGCAGUCAUGGCCACCAUGUAUACCGCUGUGGGCACCGGCGCCACUGCUACCCCACCUCCUGGCAGCGCUGGGCCUUCUGCCUCCUGCCUGGCAUCAGCAUGGCUGCUGUGGCCAUUGCCAUCUAUACUUCUAUGACAACCAGUGACAACUACUACUACACCCACAGCAUCUGGCACAUGCUGCUGGCAGGGAGUGCCGCCUUCCUGCUGCCGCCAAGGGAUUCGCACACCAAGCCCUGGGCCUGUUCGCAGAAGCUCCCCUGCCACUAUCAGAUCUGCAGGAACCACCGGGAGGAGCUGUACGCGGUCACGUGACAGGGUCUAGGCAGCUCUCAGGAUGACCUCUCCAACCAGGGGCAGGACUGAGGGAGAGGGACCCCGUCCAGAUCAAUUUCCAGCUGAAUAAAAUUGCCCUGCA